GAGAGAGAGAUUGAAACUUCGAUUUGCUCGAACCCUGAUUAGCUGAAAUCGGUAUAAUCUCGAUCGUGAAAAGAAACUAAGUUGUUUUCUCGUUGAUUCCGAUUCCUGGUAACAUCCGCUGCAAAGAAUGGCCUCCUCAGCUGUUGCAAAAUCGUGUAGUGAUAAUAGUACUAGUUCCAGUCAGGUAUCACCUGCUAUGUUGGUACAGGAAAAGGGAAGUAGGAAUAAGAGGAAAUUCAGAGCUGAUCCGCCUCCUCUAACUGAUCCAAACAAAACAAUUUCUCCGUCUCAGAAUGAUUAUCUGCGUUAUGAAUUUUCUGCUGAAAAUUUUGUGAGUCAAGAGCACUCUAACGGGUGUGACAUGUGCAGUUUCAGUCAUGAGAAUACAGAUCCUGUUGAACUUGACCUACGGCUCUCUUGCUCGGUAGGAGUAGGAUCAGCUGAGGUUGGGAGUAAUCAUAAUAGAGUGGAGAUAGAAGCAAGUGAUGAAUAUCAUGAUGCUGAUUGGAGUGACCUUACUGAAUCUCAGCUAGAAGAACUUGUUCUAGCAAACUUGGAUACAAUUUUCAAGAGUGCCAUCAAGAAAAUAGUUUCUUUUGGGUACACCAAAGAAGUUGCUACUAAGGCUGUCUUAAGGUCUGGCCUUUGUUAUGGUUGUAAAGAUGCUGUGUCAAACAUCGUCAACAACACUUUGGUUUUUCUUAGAAAUGGCCAAGAGGUUGAUUCAUCGAGGGAGCAUCAUUUUGAAGAUCUGCAGCAGAUGGAGAAGUACAUAUUGGCCGAACUGGUCUGCGUCGUUCGUGAAGUCAGGCCUUUCUUCAGCACUGGGGAUGCAAUGUGGUGCUUGUUGGUAUCUGACAUGAACAUCUCUCAUGCUUGCACCAUGGAUAGCGAGACAUUGUGUAGUUUAGUUGGUGAUGGGGCUUCAAACGGUUGUAUCUCUGAUUCUGUUGAAACACAACUAAAGAAGGAAGCUAAUAGUACAGGAAAUCCUCAGAGUCCCUGUAAACCUACUCAUUCUUCCCUUUGUGCCCAUAGUUCACCUUUAGAAGCACCUGUGAUGGCCUCUAUAGCUUGUGGACAUAAUUCUAUGUCUGGGGCACCGACUAAGGCAGAAGUUCCUCAAUCAAAACCAAAGGCUCCCUUUGUUUUAAAUAGAUUUGCAUCAGAGAAAGAGAACCGUGACUCUACAUAUCGGAUGAUGAGUAAAUCCUUCAGUCCCUCAUCCCAAAACCAGGAAGAAAAGGUUGUAGGUGGUAGAAAGAUAACUGGCAUUAAUAAGAGAGAAUCUAUACUGAGACAGAAGUCGGUUCAUUUGGAGAAAAGCUAUCGUACAUAUGGUUCUAAAGGGGCUUCCAGAGCAGGAAAACUCUCUAACUUUGGUGGUUUACUUUUGGAUAAGAAACUAAAGUCUGUUUCAGAAUCUACCGGCAUCAAUCUUAAAAAUCUCUCUCUGAAAAUGAGCAAGGGGGUGGGGAUCGGUUUGCCUCAGGACAAUAUAACCGAUAAUGGCUCCACACAAAUUGGACUCCCCUCUUCUUCAGUAUUUAAUACAGAAACUGCUGAUAAUAGCAUUUCUACAUUACCACAAACCAGCAUCCCACUUAUGUUGCCUUCAGUAGAUAGCCCUCCUGCGUUAUUAGCAGCCGAAACUGAAUUAUCUCUUUCACACCCACCAAAAGGCAAUGAUGCUCCAAUGCCUGAUUAUUCUAAUCCUAGUUUUUCUGCCAUACCAUAUGAUAAGUCAUUCCGGCAGUGGAUCUCACAUGCUAAAAAGGAUGAAACAAUUUUGAAGCUGGUUCCAAGGGUGCAUGAGCUGCAGAACCAGUUGCAGGAGUGGACAGAAUGGGCUAAUCAGAAGGUUAUGCAAGCUGCUCGUAGACUGGGUAAAGACAAGGCUGAGCUGAAGACACUUAGGCUAGAGAAAGAAGAAGUAGAGAGGCUCAAAAAGGAGAAGCAAACAUUGGAGGAGAACACCAUGAAGAAGCUUUCAGAAAUGGAGAAUGCUUUGUGCAAGGCCAGCGGGCAAGUAGAAAGAGCUAAUUCUGCUGUGCGUAGGCUGAAGAUGGAGAAUUCUAAUCUGAGGCAUGAGAUGGAGGCUGCAAAUUUAAGGGCUGCUGAGUCAGCUGCCAGCUGUGAAGAGGUAUCAAAGAGAGAGAAAAAGACACUGAUGCAGUUUCAGUCCUGGGAGAAGCUAAAAACCUUGUUUCAGGAGGAGCUUGUAACCGAGAGACGCAAGUUGACACAGCUACAACAAGAUCUUGAACUAGCUAAAGAACAGCAAGAUCUACUUGAGGCCCGAUGGAAGCAGGAAGAAAAGGCAAAAGCAGAAUUGGUUAGCCAGGCCAAUUCGUAUAGGAUAGGACGGCUAGAAGGUGAAGCUUCGGCUAAAUUGAGGGAGGAUUUAACGAGAUUAAAAGCAGAUAAGAAUCUGCAAAGAUACAAAGAAGAUAUCGAAAAACUGGAGAAGGAAAUCUCUUUGUUGAGACUAAAAGCCGAUGCUUUGAAAAUAGCCGCUUUAAGAGAUGGAAGUUACGCUAGUAAAUUAGCCGACACCAAAACCUCACCUUCCCAACAGGAAUCUCAUACACUUUAUAGUAUCUCCAAGACGGUCAACGGCUCCCGUGGUGGAGGUGUGAAACGCGAACGAGAGUGUGUUAUGUGUUUGUCGGAGGAAACAUGUGUCGUUUUCCUGCCGUGUGCCCAUCAAGUCGUGUGUACAACAUGCAACGAGCUUCAUGAAAAGCAAGGAAUGAAAGACUGCCCUUCUUGUAGAGGACCCAUCCAGCGCCGUAUUUGUGUACGCUAUGCUCGUUCUUGACGUAUUUCGGUCGAGUUUUUCGUUCGCAAAAUAAUCGCUUUUUUUUGCUUGAUUUUGUUUUGCGUGUAAUUGGCCUAUUUACAAACGUUUGGACAUUUGAGCUUGCUGGCUAUUAUGAUUGCUUAAAACAAGUGAGUCUAUUUUUGGGUUUUAUGUAAUAAAGACAUCUUUUCUAGC